AUGUCGUCUCUCUUCGGUUCUUCCUCCUCUGCUACUCCUCAGACCUCUGAGGAGAUCAAGGCUGCUGUCGUGCGCCAGCUCCAGACCGAGGCCGCCAUGUCCAACGCUCGUUCUCUGAUCGGAAAAGUGAACAAACACUGCUUCCAGGCCUGCGUCCCUACCCCCGGUACUUCGCUCUCUGCUAAGGAGAAUACCUGCCUGUCCAGCUGCAUGGAGAAGUACAUCGCCAUGUGGAACGUCACGAGCCGCACCUACAUCACCCGUGUCGGCACCGAGACCAAGCGUCUCGGUGGACAGGAUGCUGCCGCCAUUGCCUCGAUGGCCACCGGCCAGCCCGAGGGUGGUAGCGGAAUCCUCGGUUAA